CUCUCCGCAGUCGUCUUGGCUCAGGCGGUUUUGGUCCAGGGAGCUCUGGCCCAGGCAGUCUCGACCUUACCUGAUACCUUUCCAUCUCCGCCCGCGCGAGCACCCGUGGCCGCAGCCUCUUGCAUCUGAGAAGCGAUGGUUGCGAUCAUGCGCCCCCUGCUGGCGGCCUCGUGGGUCACCAGUCGUCUGCCCUGUCCGCGGCCGGCAGGGCAGGCAGCACGGCCGAGACGCUGCAGGGCAGCGGCGCAGGCGUGGGCGGCGGCAGGGCCAGCACGCGCCAGACGCCCGAGGAGCUCGGCAUGGGGGAGGGGGUGGACUUCGCGCCGGCGACCCCCUUCUCGGAGUCCUACUGCCUGGACCUCGGGGCGAAGGGGUUCCCGAUCUCGAGGAGGAAACAGCUGCACGGCCCACAAGUGGGACGUGCGCGCGUAUUUCGAGGAGCUCGAGGUGCGGGGGUACGCCGACGACGCCUUGCAGGUGACCGCCCCCCAGGAGGCCAUGCUCGGGUCGAACUGCAUGCAAGAGCGCCGCCAAAGCAGGACGAAGCACAUCUUCGUCGGCGACUCCCAGAUGAUGGCGCUCCGCAACGCACUCCACCGCCUCAACGGCUGUCCUGAGAUCUGGUGGCACAACAACACGAGGGACCACCAGGAAGUGCUUGCGUCGAUCAAGGCUGGCAUGCGCGUCAAAACCAGCAGUGGACGCUUCCACUCGCGCACCGACCAGUCACCAGAUGGCGCCUUGCCCGCAGGGUGCAAGGAGGAUGGCAUCGCGUCUUUCAUCUUCUGGGAUGCCUGGCUCGAUAGGGAGAUCCCUCUUCAAGAGAUUCAGAAGGAGAUUGCUCUGCUCGGAGUCGAGCCAACCAAGGGUGACACUGUAGUCGUGUGGGUCGGCUCGAAUUCAAUCUCAGGACCUGGCAGAACAAGUGUUCUGCUCAACACAAUUGACAAGCUCCAUGCCUUGGGAGUGAAAAUGGUGUGGGACUCGCCAACCUACAUUGACGAGGCCAUAAUGGCCGCGACAACGGCCAAGGACUUGGGUACCGACUCGCGUACUGGCAUCCCCAUCACCUACACCGCAAUCGCUCAGAGGAAGGCCCGCGGUGAAAUCGGCUCAAAUCAAUAUUCAAGUGUGAGAAGGCGUUCUCAGCAGGGAUUGUCGAGAUUCCGAUGACGAAGCGCUGGCAGCUGACGAACCGGUACCGGGGGCUCCAGUGCGACGGCAUCCACAGUGACAUGCGCGCGAGGGACCCGAUGUACUACGACCUUCCCUGCCCGAAGGGCCCAGAGACCUACGGCAGGUCCUCGCACUGCAACUGGGUGGAGCCCUUCGACAGCCAGGUGCGGGAGAAGUGCCCCCAAGCCGUCGGCCUGGACGACCUGGUGCUCCAGAGCGGCCUCUUCGCCAUGUGUGCGGCCCACGAGAGCCCGUUCUGCUACGCGUACACCGAGAACAUCCGCUGAUGCGCUCCGUCGGGCGUCUUGCGCCUUGCUUUUUGGCCCUCCGCUUCGGGCCCCGAGGGCGCGCGGCCGGCAAUUCGGUGCUUGGCCGCCGGCGGCGUCGCCCGGGGGGCCUCCCUCCGCGGCCCCCUGCCAGAGAUUGGGCAGGCCCGCGGGGGCGCUCCCCGCCGUGAAAAGAGGGCCAGGCACA